AGAGAACCCGCGGGAGCUCCGCCGUAUGAUCGACACCGACCCCGUUCGUUUCUGCCGCUCUCGAGGCAGAGCGGAAGGACCCAAUGGAGAACUCGCACCGCGCGAACGUCCUGGUGACAUCGUGCCUGAAAACGCCGGUGGAUCCGCACACCAAGGCGCCCUUAGCGCUCUACGAGCGAGAAAAGACGCUUCCGUACGCAGCGGAGCACAUGGGGCAAGGAGAGCGGCCGGAAGAGACGGAGUGUGACUCAGACUCGGAUUAUGGGGACGGAGCGGGUGAGGCCCGGAACGCAAACCCCCUGAUGAUUAAGGACUGCAGGGUGUCGGGGAACCACAUCAACCUGCGAGAGUUCUACUUUUCCAAUGAGGAGUACUACAGGAAGCUGGAGGAGCUCAAACGUGCCCACUUGCAGACCAUGGCUGAGCUAGAGGAGAUGUACCGGGACAAGAUGGACAUCAAGGGGACGGCAGCUCAAGAAAAAGAGUGCGGGAGUCCAUGCACAGCUCACAGAUUGUGCUGGACAAAGAACCACUCGGUGUCGACGAACUUGCGCAAAGCCUUCUCUGCUGCAGAGCUCAACCAAACAGCUGGCUCUGGCUUGUCUGACGCUUCGGAAGAUGGCCUGGCAGACAACUGCGGAGAGGGUGACGGGGGGAAGGGUCUUCUCCUCUCCCCCAGGGCCCAAAUCAAAAAGAUGUGGCAAGACUUCACAGUUGGCGAGUUGACUCCUCGCAGUCGCCAUCCCUCCUGCUCCUCAGUACAGAGCCAGCCUGCGGAGCAAGGCAGUGGUGCUCUCAAGGGCAAAUCCAAGAUCAGGAGGAAGAGGAAAGGUGUAGAGCAGUGCACCGAGGCCUGGAGGCCCAGGGCGACGGUGCCCAAACCGUUCCAGAUGACGGUGCGCGAGGCGGAGAAGAAGCGGACGAAGGUGAAGUCCCGCUCGGAGGUGGAGCUGGAGAACGCCCUGCUCAAGAAGCAGCUGGAGGAGCUGACGGAGUGUCAGAAGAAGUUCCGUGCCAGCCCUGCUCCUGCCCACAUCUACCUGCCUCUGUACGAAGUGGUCAGCCAAUGCAAGGAGGAGCGGCGCCACUUCUUCCGCAACCAGAACCUCAGUGUGCUGGCUGUAUCCCAGAAGCCCUUUAGCUUCCUGGAGCGGGAGCGCAAAAAGAAGGAGCUGAAGGAAGCCCAGCUCCAAGUCACGGCACCCAAGGAAGAGAAGAGGUGUUUCAAGGCCAAACCAGUGCCUCGGUCAGUGUACGACUCCACGGUGAGCGAUCGGAUCAAGGAGGACCAGCUGUAUCGCGCCAUUAGGAUGCAGAUGCGGGCCCAGGAGCUGCUCUACAGUUCCUCGAUGCCACGCAGCAUGCUGGCCAAGCGGCUGAGUGAAAAACGGAAGGAUUCGCGGGAGAGGACCGCCGAGAGGACAGCAGAGGCUGAGGCUGACUUCCGCCCCAGAAUCAACGGGGCCGUGCCCGACUUCGAUGCCAGCUACCGGAGGUUCCAGAGGCAGCUGCGGAGCAAGCGGGAUGUGAAACCCAUGACCGUCUGCGAGCCAUUCCAGCUGAGGACCUCCCAGAUCGCGUCGCAUCGGGACCGGAUCCUGGCUGACAUUGAGGCGGAGCGGACAAGCCCUCGGGUGAAUCGCUGGCCCUAUAUUGGCCCGACGAGAACCACGAGCUCCAGCCUCUGCUCAUCCCUCUCAGGCAGCCAGGAGCUCCUGCCUGCCAAAAUCACAGACGCAGCCAGAAGGCGCCAAGAGGCUGUAAGAAAGACACUCGAGCAGAGGAAGAAGGCCGAGGAAGACGAAGAGCAAUGGAGAGAGAAGCGGAGAGAGAGAGAGAGAACGCUGCAGAAACUGAUCACGAGGCGUGCUCAGGCUAAUGACCCUCACGUGGCCCUCUCCCAGACCUGCCAAACUAAACUCAAGCAGUUCAGGAAGCAGGACCUCCAGCGAAGGAAGGAGUACAGGGAGGAGAUGCAGGAGAUUCGGAACAGGGUGAAGGAGAGACCUCUGCUGCUCGAACAGGUGACGCAGAGGAAUGCCAAGCAAGCUGCGGAGAGGCGCUUCGCUGAUGCACUUCGAGGAUAUGGACUAAGUGAGGAUUUUGUCAGCCGCAAGGCACCAAAGUCACGAGGUCAACUGCAAGGUCAACUGCCAGAUGAACUACUUGAUGAGUCCCUUGGUGGAUCAUCAUGUACUUGGGAUAAACAGAGCGAUGGGGAAAAGGAUGAGGCUGGCUCUUCUGUGGGCACAGAGUCCUAUCCAGAUGACUACCCAGAAGAUUACGAAGACUUUGACGACCGAGAUCUGAAGGAAGGGCUGCAGCACGAAGAGGAAGACGAGUACGAUUAUCUGAAAAACCCAGAGGAUGCUGAGCGCAGAGCUGACCAAAGUGAGCAGGAGAGGGAAGGGGAUGAGCUCCCUGGGGAGGAAGAGGGACAAUAUUUGGGCCAGGAGGAUGGGCAAGAGAGGGAACAGUGGAAUGAUGAGGAAGAGAGCAGGCAGAGCUGUGGAGACAAUGUGAGAACCGAGUAGCAUAGAGGCAAAGACUGAAAACAAAGACGAAUCUGACUCUACUCAUCGUUUCUCACAUAACAUCUGGGCUCAGAUUCUUCCAGUAUCUUGCUCUGAAGACACAGAAAAGACACAAUUUCUCUCUUAAGUGAAUGUAA